AUGAAGCUACUCUCUUUGUUGUUUCACCUUCUUAUAAUUUUUUCACUAAGUUUCGCCGAUUUAAACUCGGACAAAAUUGCCCUUCUCAACUUUGCAAGAAGUGUGCCACAAGGUCGAAAACUCAACUGGAAAAACAACACUUCGGUUUGCAAAUCAUGGGCCGGAAUCAGUUGCAAUGGAAAACGUGUAACCAUUCUCCGGUUGCCCGGAAUUGGACUCUAUGGUCCAAUUCCGGCCAAUACUCUCGGGAAUCUCAAUGCCCUUACAAUCCUAAGCCUUCAUUCCAAUUUCCUUAAUGGAAGUCUCCCAUUUGAUAUUCUUUCCCUCCCUUCUCUCUCCAAUAUUUAUCUCAACAAAAACCAAUUUUCCGGUGAAAUACCCUCCUCUCUCUCUUCCCAACUUUCUACCAUCGAUCUUUCCUCCAAUUCAUUCACCGGAAACAUCCCUAAUUCGAUCCAAAAUUUAACAAAUCUCCAAAGUUUUAAUGUAAGUAACAAUCAACUCAAUGGAUCUAUUCCAUCAUCUUUGAAAAAAUUCCCAUCUUCAUCUUUUGGAGGGAACUCCGGACUAUGUGGGCCACCCCUUACCCGAUGCCUCUCCCCCUCCCCCUCCCCCACCCCUACCCCAUCCCCAUCACCAACUCCAUCUCCAACUUCUUCAUCCUCACCUUCUCCAUCUACAAAUCGUGUUUUACCUCCUCCACAAAUGACAUUUCCGCCCUCGCAAAGACUACCCACUUCACGAAAAGACAACAAGAAGCUAAGCAAAGGUGGGGUGGUUGCCAUUUCGGUUGUUUCCUCUUCGGUGCUAUUGCUUCUUCUUUUGUUAUUAAUGGUGUUUUGUGGAAAGAAGAAAGGGGUGCAAAAUGGAAGUAAAGGGAAAGGUUUAGGUGUUGGGAGAAUCGAGACACCUAAAGAGGACUUUAGUAGUGGAUUGCAAGAGAAUUUAAGGAACAAAUUGGUUUUCUUCGAUGUGUCAUCUCAAAAGUUUGACCUUGAAGACUUACUUAGAGCAUCCGCAGAGGUUUUGGGAAAAGGUGGUUAUGGAACAACUUAUAAAGCGAUUUUAGGUGAAGGGACAAUGGUUGUGGUUAAAAGAUUGAAAGAAGUUGUUGUUGGAAAAAGAGGAUUCGAUCAACAAAUGGAGAUUAUUGGAAGUGUAGCGAAGCAUCCAAAUGUUGUUCCUCUUCUUGCUUAUUAUUAUUCCAAAGAUGAAAAACUAUUGAUUUAUGAUUGCGCAGGAUCCGGAAGCUUGUCUGCUUUAUUACAUGGUAACAGGGGUUUAGGAAGAACACUGAAUUGGGACACGAGAUUACGAGUUGCUCUAGAAACUGCAAAAGGAAUCGCUCAUAUCCAUUCGGGAAACAAUUCAAAACUAACUCAUGGAAAUAUCAAAUCAUCGAAUAUCCUAAUCACGCAAGGAAACCAUGCCCGGGUCACAGAUUUCGGGUUGACCCAAAUCAUGGGUAUACCUACCCUACCCCCUCGCACCUCAGGCUACCAUGCCCCCGAAACAAUAGAAUCCAAAAAACCAACUCAAAAAUCCGAUGUCUACAGCUUCGGUGUUCUCCUACUUGAAAUACUCACCGGAAAAGCGCCGGUUCAGGCGGCGGUAGGGCCGGAGGAGGUGGUGGAUCUCCCGCGGUGGGUGCAGUCGGUGGUGAGGGAAGAGUGGACGGCGGAGGUGUUUGAUGUGGAGUUGAUGAAGUAUGCGAAUAUUGAAGAAGAGAUGGUGCAGAUGCUUCAGAUAGCCAUGGCGUGUGUUGGGAAGAAUGCGGAAACGAGACCUAAGAUGGAUCAAGUUGUUAGGAUGAUUGAAGAAAUUAAGGUGUUUGAUGAUGAAGAUGAUGAUUCUCUUAUUUGAUGAUGAUCAUGUUGUGGGAUAAAUGGAAGAUUAACAAUUUGCUUUUAUAAUGUAUUUAAACAAUUAUAUCAAUUUAUAGCGUUGUAGUUUUCAACUUUUGUUCUUGUUGCUGUAUGAUUUGUUAGAUAUUGGAAUGUACAUUGUUGAAAUGCUAAACUAAAGAGGCUUAAGUCAA